AUGGCCUCUAAACGUCUUUUUUCUGAACUGGAUUUUUCCUGUCCUGUGUGCUGUGAUAUCUUCAGGGAUCCUGUUGUUCUCUCAUGUAGUCACAGUUUCUGUAAAGCCUGCAUGGAGCGGUUUUGGAAAACAAAACGAUCUCGAGAGUGUCCAGUUUGCAGAAGACUAAACAUUAUAGAUCCCCCUGUUAACCUGGCUUUGAGGAAUCUGUGUGAGACUUUCUUACAGGAGAGAAGUCAGAGAACUUCAGCAGGGUCUGAGGAGUUCUGCAGUCUCCACAAUGAGGAACUCACACUCUUCUGUCUGGAGGAUAAACAGCUUGUGUGUUGGGUGUGUCAGAUGUCACACAAACACAAAAAUCAUUAUUUUCACCCAGUAGAAGAAGCUGCAAAGGAGCAAAAGAAAGAACUCAAGACUGAACUGAAGUCUUUACAGGCGAAACUUAGGAUCUUUCAAAAAUUGAAACUGACUUGUGAUAGAACGGCAGAGAGAAUUAAGGUCCAGGCCCUGAACACAGAAAGACAAAUAAGGAAAGAAUUUGAGAUGCUUCACCAGUUUUUACGAGAUGAAGAGGCAGUCGGGAUAACUGCACUGAGAGAGGAAGAGGAGCAGAAGACUCAGAUGAUGAAGGAGGAAAUUAAGGAGAUGAGUGUAAAAAUGUUAUCUCUUUCAGACACAAUCAGAGCCAUAGAAGAUCAAUUAAAAGCUGAAGACAUUCUAUUCUUACAGGUAUGUCCUGUCAUUCUGGACCCAAACACUGCAGAUCCACGUCUCAUCCUGUCUGAUGAUCUGACCAGUGUGAGAUACAGUGAAGAGAGACAGCAGCUUCCUGACAAUCCAGAGAGAUUUGAUUGCUACUACGAUAAACAUGAUGCAGUCUCUCCGGAAGAACCAUGGACUCCCCUCAGAGUCAGUAAGAAACUCCAGAGGAUCAGAGUAGAACUGGACUGGGAUAAAGCUCCUGUGAUUCUGGAUCCCAACACUGCAAGUCCACAACUCGUCCUGUCUGAGGAUCUGACCAGUAAACUUGCAAAUGGCACCUACACAUAUGCUUUGAACCUGACUCAACGCAGCGAAGAUUACGCCUGGCUGAGCUAUGGCCUCAUAAUAGCAUAUGAGGGGAAUUCGAAUAAGACAAUUGUGGAGGAUUAUGGGUACAACUUCAUAACACUCAAAGACUGCCACAGCAAUGUGUCAUACGAGAUUGAUGGCUUCAAGGUCUUUGGCAAUGGUUAA